CGCAGUGGGGAAGAAGGCGGCCUCGGCGCAAGCGCAGUGGAGGGCGCGGCGGCCGUCUCGAUUACCUCAGCGGGGCGGCAUGGCGGAGUCCGAGCCCCGGGCAGAGGCAGCGGAUUUCCUUCCACAAGAGAGUCGGAAUUCGCACCUAAGUUGCCGAAGUCAGAGACGAUCGGACUCGGCUAAGAAUCAGAGGAGGAAUAACGACGACAACUCACCACCUCCCUGGCGGUUUUCCCGUCAAGAUCCCCCUCCGGAGACCCGCGUGGGGAAUCGGCGGAGUCCCGGUCGUCCAGAAAACAAGUCUGGGGCCCGAGAGACUCUUCCUCAGCUCGGCGCCUGCGGCGAAACGUCCGGGGGCCACGAGUUUCAGAACUGUCGGCGGCCCAAGUCGGGCAGGAGGAAGCCGUCCAGACAGUCGAAACCAGCUCUCACCCUCUCUGCCGCGGGAUCGGAGCGUCCGGAUCCCGCGCCGGAACGGGGAAUCAAUCCUAAAGAGCCCAGCGGCUGGACUCGUGCGGAGGCCCGAAAGGAGAUUGGUAAUGAAGAUGACAAAGGGGCGAAACCGAAGAAAAGAACCCACACGGGGCACGGGCCGGGGAGGGAAGAAAAAGGAAGAGCCAAGCCCGAGCGGAACAAGCGGAAAGAAGAGACGCUGGAGACCGGCGCCCCUCUAAAUUCGCCUGCGGCCGACGGGCAGGUGGGUUUUGACGACGCCCGUACCCUCGGUUGCGGUGAACCGAAGAGGUUUCCCUUUCUGAAGAGGAGAGAUUCCCGGGAGCCCGGGUGGGGCGAGGCGCGGCCGGAUCAAGAAAGCCCCAAGCCGCAGGAGGGGAAGAGGAAUAAAAACGCAAGGACGAAGAGCUCCCUUCCGUGGGUUUCCAAAGAGAAACCCCCCGAGAGGCCGAAGAAUCAGAGAGGGACGACGCCCCGAGGCUUGCACGCGGGGGCCGAGCCCGAGAAAUGCGCCGGGAGGAGGCAGAAGGAGCCCAAGGUGGCUCAGCUUGGUUGGAAGAAGAAGAACGAGGUGCCGGAGAACAAAGAAACCUAUACGGGAUCUCUGAUCGAGCAGCUCACCUCGGAAAAAUACGAGUGCCUGGUGUGUUGCGAGGUGAUCCGGAUGAUGGUUCCGGUGUGGAGCUGUCAGAGUUGCUACCGGGUGUUUCACCUGAACUGCAUUAAGAAAUGGGCCCGGUCACCCGCCGCCCAAGCGGAAGAUGGGAACGGCGGUUGGCGAUGCCCCGCUUGUCAGAACGUCUCGGCCCGAGUUCCCGGUACAUAUACUUGUUUCUGUGGUAAGGUGAAGAAUCCGGAGUGGAACAGAAAUGAAAUUCCCCAUAGCUGCGGUGAGCUCUGUAGAAAGAAACGGCCAGGCCAGGACUGUCCGCAUCCCUGUAAUCUUCUCUGCCAUCCGGGACCUUGCCCCUCCUGCCCGGCCUCUAUGAUCAAAACAUGCGAAUGCGGACGGACGAGUCAUUCAGUUCGCUGUGGACGAGCCAACACAAUCCACUGUUCUAACGUGUGUGGGAAAGCUCUGGAUUGCGGUCGGCACCGCUGUGCUGAGUUGUGCCACGGAGGUCGAUGCCAACCCUGCCAGCUCGUCCUCCGACGGGUAUGUUACUGUGGGAGCGCCUCACAAGACGUGUUAUGUGGAACAGACGCAGAAGAGUCUGAUGGCUUUGGGAACUUCAGCUGCUUAAAGCCAUGUGGCAAAGCCUUAAAAUGUGGGAACCAUCGCUGUGCCCGCGCCUGCCACCCCCGGCCCUGCCAGCCGUGCCCCCGACUCCCACAGUCGGUGCGGUUCUGUCCGUGCGGGCAAACCCCUCUUGGCAAAUUGCUGGAACUGGGGAGCGCGGAACGGAGAACGUGCCUGGACCCCAUCCCCUCGUGCGGAAAGAUCUGUGGCAAGCCCCUGCCUUGCGGUCCCGUAGACUUCGUUCAUACCUGUGAGAGCGUCUGUCACGAAGGAGAGUGCGGUCCCUGCUCUCGAACCUCUAACGUUUCCUGCAGAUGUGGCUCCAAAACGAAGGAACUUCCUUGCGCCCUCCUUAAAACCCAAGCUGACGACACCUUUAUGUGCAACAAGAGGUGUAAUAAGAAACGAUUGUGUGGCCGGCACAAAUGCGGUGACAUCUGCUGUGUGGAUCAAGAGCACAGGUGUCCCUUAAUUUGUGGACACAAACUCAACUGCGGCCUUCACCGAUGUGAGGAUCCUUGUCACCGUGGCAACUGUCAAACCUGCUGGCAGACGAGCUUUGAUGAACUAACCUGCUACUGUGGAGAGUCGGUCAUUUUCCCUCCAGUCCCGUGUGGUACCAGGCCACCGGAGUGCAAGAACACGUGUACCAGGCUCCACGACUGUGAUCACCCUGUGUUCCACUCCUGCCAUAGCGAGGAGAAGUGCCCCCCCUGUACGUACCUCACUCAGAAAUGGUGCAGAGGCAAGCACGAGUUGCGGAGCAAUAUUCCCUGUCACCUGACGGACAUCUCCUGCGGGCUGAGCUGCGACCGGACGUUGGGCUGCGGCAUGCACCGGUGCCGGAGGAUCUGCCACAGGGGGGACUGCCUCCUCGACCGAGUCUGCAAGCAGGCCUGCACCCUCCCCAGACCGGACUGCGGUCACGCGUGUGGGGCCGAGUGCCACCCCUCCUCGCCCUGCCCCGCCACCCGCUGCGGGGCCGAGGUAGAGCUCCAGUGUGAGUGCGGAAGAAGAAGAGAGACCAUGAUUUGCUCAGAGGCAACCAGUACCUACCAGAGGUCGGCCCGAAAUCGUUCUUCCCGUCUGCCUUUCUCCAGGGAGUCGGCGGGAACCAGGAUAGCCGCCGUCUCCGUGGCUUCCAGACUGACGGACCUGCGGCUCGGGGACUCGGUGGAGAUCAGCAGGCUGACGGAUAAAAGGGAAAUUCGCGAAGCGAGGCUUCCGUGCGACGAGAACUGUUUAGCCCGAGAAAGAAACAGGCGUUUUGCGGAAGCCCUCAAUAUCAGUGACGAUUCUGACCCCUUCAACGUCCGCUCUUCGGAGUCCAAGUACAGUGACGGUCUGAAAGAAGAUGCCAGGAAGGAUCUCAGAUUCGUCUGUGAGGUGGAGAAGGAGAUGAGGGUCCUCGUGGAGGCCGUGAACGAGGGGAGGAAUCCGAAAAAGAGCUACUGCUAUCCCCCGAUGAACAGAGACCACCGCAGGAUCAUUCACGAGUUAGCUCAGGUUUACGGCCUGGAGAGCGUCAGCUACGACAGCGAGCCCAAGCGCAACGUCGUCGUCAUCGCGGUGAGAGGGAAAUCGGCGUGUCCCACGACUGCUCUGACGGCCGUGCUAGAGAAGGAGCUGCGGUCGCGCCCGCCGCCUCCCCCGAUUCCUCCUCCUAAGCAUCAGAUGAAUAAAAAUGCCGGAAGCGGCGGUUUCCCGAAGACGGCGAAAGAAGAACCGGCGAUCGACUACUUCGACGUCCAGGACUGACGAGGCGAACGUGCGACCGGUGGAGCGGAGACGCCCGACCGGGGUCGCCGACCGCUUGGACGCCCGACGGCGGGGCCGCUCCUUAAGCCCCCGGGACCGCUCGCGGCGCGGAGCGCGCGGGCCCGGCUGACGACGCGGGCCGCCGGGGGAGAAUCCGAAUGCCCGGGGCCCCGUCGGACAGAUCUGGGCGGGGAGAAGGCCCGGUUUCCGCUUCCGAAAGGCCACUCGGAGGCGGCCUUCGGCCUGCCGACCCCGGCGGGGCCGGCGGCUCGCCCCGUCUCCGUUGACGACGGUGCCCGAAUUGGAAAGGAAACCCCCUCACCUGUUUGAAAUGGAAGGACAUCAUCCCCCCCCCCCCCCCAACUGCUCUGCGGGAGUCUGUGUUUUUUCCGUUCCCCGAGGGAGACGGGAGUGGGACGCCCAUCAUCCCAACCGCCCGGCGCCACCGGCCCGGAGGCGACUUCCGUCGCCGCCCCGCCCCGUCCCGCCCUCACGUCUUUCGGUUUCUCUUUCGGAAUGGCAUCGGAAGCGCGCGCGACGUGCCGGACGCCGGCCCGAGCGCCGGGGUAGAUCGUCAGGUGGGACACGGUCCCCGGCCCGCACGGGGCUCGCGGUCUCAUCGGUCCCCAGAGGGGGGAACCGAGGCGCGACCCUAUCGGCAAUCCGAGCGGUUAGACCGAGAUACCGGGAUGACGACGACGAUGAUGAUGAUGAUGAUGAUGAUAUCUAUUAUUCCCUCCGCUCCCUACCCUUCAUUCACCCCGGCCCGGGACCGGCGGCACUUUGGUACACGGAGCCGUAAUUUAAGAUCUGUCUCCGAGGCCCAGAGAAGAAGAAUAACAAUAAUAGUAACAACGUC